CACUAUUAUAGUCUACAGAACUUCAGGACAAACAAUGUGAGCGCAUUUCUUGCCAACCUUCUUUAAAAAGAGAUGCCAUAUUCGACUGCGUGCUGUUACUGCCAUGUAAACACAGAAUUAGAUGCUUUAUUUACUCAUCUGUUCAGUUUGGAAAAGGGGAGUUCCAGUGACUUUGUGUAAAAGGAAAAGCAAAAUCCAGUCCAAGAGUGAGGAACAGAAGCCUGUUUUCUUGAGGAAGGAACUGUAGCCUCUCUGAAUUGGCUUUACCUUACUUACAUGGGAAAGACAGUAGAAUUCUACAAUUUGCUGCAGGCUUUUAAAAACAGCUUGACUGGACUCUUACUGUAAUCGUACCCCGUGUCAACAACAAUGGCAGCCCCAGGAAGAUCUGCAACUGUCGCUCUACGUCCGAAAGCAAAGAGACCAAGGAGUGACGAAGACGGUACUGCUACGAUGAGCAGGCGAAGGAUAUCCUGCAAGGAGUUGGGAAAUCCUGACCAUCAGGGAUGGCUGUACAAGAAAAGAGAAAUAAAAAGUUUCAUAGGAAAUAAAUGGAAACGGUUUUGGUUCGUGUUGACUGGAACUUCGCUUUACUGGUACAGCAAUCAGAUAGCAGAGAAAGCAGAAGGCUUCAUUAGUUUACCUGAGUUCAAGGUGGAUCGGGCACUGGAGUGUAAAAAGAAAUAUGCUAUCAAGGCCUGUGAUCCACAGACGAAGAUUUUCUACUUCGCUGCUGACAACGCAGAGGAAAUGCACAAGUGGCUAGCUAAACUGGGGCUUGCUGCAUUCCAGAAUGUACCGUUGGAUAAAGAUAAAGGAGAUGGCUGGAGUGAAAGUGAACAUGAAGAUUCAGAAACAGUGACAGAUGGAAGAGUGCCAACUGCUGAUAUGGAUAAUUUACUUACUCCAUCAUCCAGUACUUCUACCCUGCCAAGCAAAGAUUCCUUUUCAUCACUGGAGGUUUGCAUGCAUUCAGAAAGCUUAUCAGCCAUUACUGUGGAACCCACUUGUCAAGAACAGCAAACACUUGCAGACACAAGCAGCAUAUCAGCCAACAGUGCUGAGGAUUCAUUGACUGUUUCUUUAAAAAUGGACAGAAGGGUCCUGGCUGAUAGAACACAAUCACAGCAAACAUGCCUUGCUAAUGAGUCUGAGGAGUUCUUGACAGCAGAAACAUAUUCAUCCCAAAGAAGUGAGAAUCACUUAGUCAUACCAGUAGAAUGUCCAGUUUUGUCCAGAACAACACACAAGGGUUCUGAGGAUGAAAUGGAGAAGCUGUACAAAUCUUUAGAGGAAGCAAGCCUGUCUCCCCUUGGCAGCCGUAGGCGCCCAUCAUCAAAGAAGGAACUGAGAAAGUCUUUUGUGAAACGCUGCAAAAACCCAGCUGUUAAUGAACAACUGCAUAGAGCAAGAAUGUUAAACAGUACAUUAAAGGCAAAAGAAGCUGAUCUCAAUAUGAUCGACCAGCUGCUGGAAGACUCAAACCUCACUGCACAAAAAUUCAGGGAAUGGAAAAGCAGAAAUUCAUUGCUGUUUCAAGAUAUCUACAAGCAGUACUUCAGUCAACUCUCUACAGAUCAAAAUGAAGUGGAUUCACAGACGGUCACUUCCUGAUGUCUGAAGUAGCAUCAGUGGCUUCCUUGGCCAUCUCAGACUUGACUUUGAACUACUCUUGUCACAUCUGACUACUUACUCACCGCUGUGUGUGUGUUGGAGGGUGUCACUUGAAAAUAGAGACCCUCGACUCCUGAAAGUGUAGCAUAAUUGACUGAAAGAUGAAUGUGAUUUACAGCCAUUUGCAUGAAAACCAUGGUGCUCUUAAAUACUUGCAUUGUACAACAUAGGCCAAGAAGGCAAUCCUGAACUAUAGAAGUGGCAUAAGUAUUGUCAGAGACUGAGAUAUGUCAUUAGCUACAUUUUGGUGAAAUAAGCUAUGUAGCUAAACAUUCUCAACACAGGCCUGUUUCAGAAAAUGAUUGUCUCUCACUUUGUGGCUGUUAUAAUGCAGCUCCUUUUCUUUUUUUUUCAAACUUCACCAUAAUAAACAUAUUUAGUAUCGAAAUGGCCUUGUUCACAUGUAAACACAGGUUAUUCAAGCUUCAUCUUAAAUGUAUUUAGUAUAGCAAGAGAUUUAUUAAUGUAUUAAGACAUGUCACCUUGUGCCUUACUUGUCAUACAGUGUAGAUAGUCUAAAUGUCAUAUUUCUUUUGUUCUUCUGCUCUUUGCCCCUCCUUACAGAAAAUAGUGUGCUAACUGCUGUGGCAUUGUCAUGUUGCUCAAAUGUCUAGUGGCUCAAUAAUGUUUUUAUAGCUUUUAUGUGUAAAUAAUUUAUUUUCUGUUCUGUACUCCUGCCUUUUCUCUGGCUAGCUAACCUGUUGGGUUAUAUAAUGAAAAAGCAGAUGCAGCCCUUCUACAUCAUGUUUUCCAGCUAAUACAGUAUGAUGGCACUACCUACCAAAUAGCCAGAAAAGGGGCACUGCCAUUCUGAAAAGUAUUGCCCUUCUCUGAAAGCACACCAGGACAGAGACCCAAGUUGCUUUCCAAAUGUUUGCUUUUCUCCAUUAGCAGACUACCCAGUUCCAUCAUAUCUGCUCACUACAGCAUGUGCCAGCACAUGUAUAGUAUAUUGUGCCACAAUUCUUCAUUGAGAUGCACACGUAAACAUGUUUAUGAGAGGAAGGGGGUUAUCUGGAAGUCUUAAUUCCCAGUUUAAAGCCAUUAGAUAUUUCACUUCUAGAAGAAGCUGUUCAGGACUAUUGUUAAUAAAAUGUCUUAAAGGUGCACAAUUGACUUAAACAGUAGAACUAAAAUGCACCAGAAGAAUAUAUCAUUAUAUUGAUGUCAAGCAAGUACUAUAUUACUACACCAUCACUCCUACCCAUCUUAGAUAAAUUUAUUGUCAUUCCCAGUAGUCUUAAUAAGUAAAGUGUGACAGUUCUGAAAGUGUAAGCCAAAUAUUACUUCACUUUUCUUUUGGAUAGUUGAGGUACACUGUACUGGAGUUGGACACUGUAAGUUUACAUAUCACAGUCUGCUCCAGAGGGCAGUCAACAGUAUUGCUCAGAGAUUAAGCAGAAAGUGGCUGUAAUGGACAAGUGGCACACUGGCCUGGAAGGUAAUUGAUGCGCCAAAUGUCUUAGAUUUUACUCUAAGCUGGAACUUGGGUAUACAUUUUUGAGUUACCUGUUAGGUAAUGCCCUGAUUAAUUUGAGACUUUGGUAAUACAGUGAUUUAGAAUUUUGUCUGUUGCUUUUCCCUUUGACCAAGUAGUAAGCACUCAUGUCUGUUAAUGAGUAUUAAACACCCUUGUCACCUCCAGUUCUAAAGUGUGUUUGUAAUAAAAAACAAUAUAUACAUAUAUAUAUAUAUAUAUAUAUAUAUAUAUAUAUAUAUAUAUAUAUAUAUAUAUAAUGUUUUACUUGCCCUUGUGACUUGUCAUUGAUGACCCAUUUACUUACCCAACUAACAAAUUAAUUUAAAAUUAAAAUGCUGUUGGAAAUAACAUGAAAAUAAUUUGUUUGUAGAGGUAUUAAAGUUUAGUACUCUGUAUAGCAGAAAAGGCUGAAGUUUAUUCAGAGCUGAAAUUUCUGCUUUAACUAGCAGAUCCCUGAAGUAUGUUCAAAGAAACUACAUAUGUUAAGGACUGUAAUACAAUCUUUUCACAAGCAUUAUAAUCUGUAGAACCUGGCUAAAUAUUGUCACUCUGCUGUUUGAUAUUGAGAAUCUCUCCUGGUCCUCUCAUAAAAAGAGGCAUUUGCUCCUUCCCAAAAUAACAAAUGUUUAAUAAAAACAUGUACUGAAGUGUAA